AUGUGUAUAUAUGUGUGUGUUUAUCUCUGUGUCGUAUGAUCUGAUAUGAAUGAUUCAUGAGAAGCUGCUGUUGGUGUUUAACAAUCAACGCCUGGAGCAUCUCUCUACCGCUCUUUUUAUUAUCUCUCCAUAUUUUCAUUUGCUCUCUCUCUCUCCCUCUAUUCCUCUGUCUCUCUCUCCCUCUCUCUCCCUCCCUCUCUCUCUCUCUGUGUCUCUCUCUCCCUCAAAGACUUGAGUCAGGGUAACAACGGACAAGUCUGUUCCUGCUUCUCUCCUUCAACUCACAUUUCCACUUUCUUUCCUUCACGAUCACUUUUGCUCUUGUUUGUUCUUCAGCUGAGAGGAAACGGGUCUCUUCUCUUUCACCGCCUAGUUGGUUAGCUAGUUGGUUAGUUAGUUGGUUAGCUAGUUGGUUGGUUAUGUUGCUCCUGUAUCAGAGGAGGAUCCACACCUCUUGAUGUCAUAUCACCGCUGCUAUUGUGAUGACCAGAACACACACACACACACACACACUAGCAGUAUGUCGGCAGUACACUCAGCCUCCCCUCUUCCUGAGGACCCGACCACGCCCCCACCAAUGACCACACCUCCUCGCAAAGCCUCAGUCCGCCUGCAGGAGAGGCGGGGCUCCAACCUCUCGCUGCUGUUGGACGUGAGCAGCCUGGGGGCGGAGCCUGUGUGUUCCGUCUCCACCCCGAAGGAGGUGUGGCUCCAGCUGCUCCACACCUCCUCCCGACCCCUCGGCCACGAGGCGCUGCAACUGGCCGCGGUGGACGGCGACGCCCUGAAUGCGGAGUACCAGAAGAUCCCGCCGAACUUUGUGAGUGCGGCAGAGCUCGACGUCCCCGGACACGCCAUGAAAGACCGAUACAAGACCAUCCUGCCCAACCCUGAGAGCCGGGUGGUCCUGAGGAGCCCGGAGGAGGAGCCGGGGCCAGACCGCUACAUCAACGCCAACUACAUUAGGGGUCACAGAGGAGCUCCCAGGGCCUUCAUCGCCACCCAGGGGCCGAUGCUGCACACUGUGGGGGACUUCUGGGACAUGGUGUGGCAGGAGAGGAGCAGCAUCAUCAUCAUGGUGACGAGGCUGAAGGAGAACAACGAGAAAUGUGAGCUGUACUGGCCGCAACCGAGGAAGAGGAAGGUGGAGGAGGAAGAGGAGGAGGAGGAGGAGGAGGAGGAAGAGGAAGAGGGAGGAGAGACGGGACGAUUCGGCAGAUUCGUCCUCAGAGUCAGAAACAGCCGAGAGAAAGACGGGUUCACCGUCACUGACAUGGAGAUCCAGCUGUGCUCGGAGCGUCGUUCCUUCAGACACUACUGGUUCACCUCUUGGCCUGACCACCACAUCCCACAAUGCACUGCUUCUCUGCUGAGACUGGUGGAGGAGGUGGAGACGUACCGACAGUCCCUCCUCCCGUCCGGCUCUCAGCCAAUCACAGGCCCCAUCCUUGGUCCCGGACCAAUCGUUGUCCACUGCAGUGCCGGUAUCGGGAGGACGGGCUGUUUCAUCGUCAGCAGUAUCGGCUGUCAGCAGCUCAGAGACGGCGGACAAGUUGACAUCCUGGAGACGGUUUGUCAGCUCCGACUGGACCGAGGGGGAAUGAUCCAGACCACAGGGCAGUAUCAGUUCCUCUACUCCACACUGGCCCAGUACAGCUCCCAGUUACACCACAGCCAGGUGAAGAACCCAGAGGACCAAGUCAGCAUCAAGCUACAGAACCUCCAGCUGGACAGCACACAGAAUGUGAACCUGCAGAACCAACCAGAGCAGCUUCACACCUAAAGAGAUCAAGAGAGCCCUGAAGACCCAACACGUGUUAUUAACAGAACCAGAGACAUGGAAACAGGAAGUGUACCUUAGAGCAUCAGGAUCAAACAGAACUGGAUAUGUGUGUCCACACUGGAUGGAAAGUCUCUCGGAAAACUGAACUUAGACAAAGGAAAAUGUAGAGUAAAUUAAAGUGAAAAGAUAAUUAAAGAAGAGUUUGAACCCAGCUGCCUGACUGACCCACCAUGACAUCACGGUGUCUUCAGUCUACACUGAAUAUCUACUUGUCAUUGACCCUGAUGGAGCAGAAGACCGAUGCUCUAAACACGGUUCCCCAUAGCAACACAAUCAGAGUAGAAGUCGUGCAACACAGCAAGGAGGUUGUUUCUCAGCUUGAUAAGAAGAGACCAGACCACGCAGCUCUGGAGGCAAACGGACGGCUAGUUAGCGAGCUAACGUUAGCAAGUCCUUCUCCAGAGUGAAGCUGCUGCUCGGCUCAUGUUCUGUAACCGGUGUCGCACUAAAACACGCUGGAAUUAGCAUUCUAGCCAGCUGUGGCUAGCUUGCUAAUUCCACCAUGAUUUAGAGCGGAUGCAGAUCUAGAGAAGGAUGGCCGGCUAGUCAGCUAGCUAAUGUUAGCUAGUCUUUGAGUGAAGCGGAGGGACUGUUCCACUCAUUCUUCUCUGUAACCAGUGUAGCAUGAACGCAUGUUGGAAUUAGCUUGCUAGCUAACAGACCACCUAUCCAUUAGUUAGCUAUCUAAUUCCAUGCUUUAAUGCUCCACUGGUUACAAUGUAGCAUGAACGCAUGUUGGAAUUAGCUCGCUAGCUAACAGACCACCUAUCCAUUAGUUAGCAAUCUAAUUCCACCAAGCUUUAAUGCUCCACUGGUUACAAUGUAGCAUGAACGCAUGGUGGAAUUAGUUUGAUAACAGGCCAGCUGUUAGCAACCUAGCGAUCUAAUUCCACAAUGCUUUAGUGCUACACUAGUUACAGACAAUCAGUCAUCUGUUGAUAGCAUUGUUCUUUCUGAUGAGUGUCGACGAAGCGUCAUGUUGUUAAAUGGUUUUCAUUUACUCAACAACUCAACUCCUUUGUUGUAUUAGUUCAUUUUACACCAUCUGGUCUGCAUAUAUAUAUAUAUAUACGUAUAUAUAAACAUAUAUAUGUAUAUAUAUACAUAUGUAUAUAUAUAUAUUUAUAUAUAUAUAAAUAUAUAUAUAUAAAUAUUCUAUAAUAUGCCACAUUCAGUGACGUUGUUUCCCAAAGUGUUCUGGACUUAUUGUGACGUUGCGUUAUUGAUCUUUCUGGCGUGUUUUCCGUACUUAUGUUGUGUUUGUUUAUGUAUUUUUUUAAGGCCAACGAUGAUGUUGUUUUCUAAACCUUACUAAGUGGUUUACUUUGACUUUAAGUGAAGCCUAUUUUCAUCACGACACGCUGAAUGUCCUUAAAAUGUUGUUGUGUUUAUAUCAGUUUGAACCGUUUGAUGUCAGUUGAUGAUAAUUCGGAAACAUGCAGUGUCAGCAAAAUAUGAAAUGAAAUGUGUAAAGUAUUAAAACUAUAUUUUGGCACGAG